UGUUAAAUUGUAGGACUACAAUGCAAAGCUUUCAGACUUUGGAUUAGCAAAAGCUGGCCCGGUAGGAGACAAUUCUCAUGUAUCCACUAGAAUCAUGGGAACUCGUGGAUAUGCAGCUCCUGAGUACAUGAAGACAGGUCAUUUGACGGCAAUGAGCGACGUCUACAGCUUCGGUGUCGUCCUCCUCGAACUAAUCACCGGACGAAAAUCCCUUGAAAAAAUGCGGCCGGCGAAUGAACAGACUCUCGCCGAAUGGGCUUUGCCGUUGCUCAUGCAGAAGAAAGCUGUCCUCAACAUCGUUGACCCCAGGCUGGGUGGUGAUUACCCGACGAAAGCGGUCCGCAGGAUGGCCAGUUUGGCCUACUAUUGUCUCAACCAAAACCCUAAGGCGCGGCCGCUCAUGAGAGACGUCGUCAACACAUUGGAGCCUCUUCUGCUGCCAAUGGAGGUUGCAGACAGUUAGAUCAACUGAGAUGUGUUCAAUUGUGAUAGAAAUGUUAGCUGACAGGGCCUUGUUGCUGGAAAGGGUGUCUGUUGGAUCGAUUUUGUCGUGUGUUUUAGUUUUUGAUUUUUUAGAUGUUCUGAAUUUGUAUGAAAAUGUAU